AUGGAUCUUCUUUGUCCCAUCAGUACUCCGAUAAAUUGGCACCAGUUGAACAGAUUAGGGUUUAGUGAAGCAGAAUAUGGUGAACGAGGGAUAAGUUCGGAUUCUACUGCAGGAGUAAUGAAUGUCCCACAUUGGAUCCAAGACACCAACUAUUGUACACUGGUAGCUGCGGUAGAUAUGUUCUUUCGUAGGUUCACUAACCAUAAGUUAGAAAAGUUCCGUGCUUGCACAUUGGGAAGCUUCAUGAAGGACUGUGUAAUGCUGACAUCAUUGAACCAGGCUGCUCAAGCCUUCGCACUCAACCCCGCAACACUUGUUCAAUACAUUUACAGUCCCCAAAUUGCAGAAGAUGUGAGAAGAAUAAUUUGGGGACCAGCAACUGAGGAAAAGAACGAGGAAUACAGCUAUUUCCAGUAUAUGCGAGAAGUGAACCUUAUCCCUCGUUCACCAUAUUCUGCUUCACUAAACCCUAAUCUGUUCAACUGGUGCCAAUUUAUCGGAGUACUGAUGGGACAAAGAAGAUCCAUCUAUGCUAGAUUGAUUCCAUGCAGCAGCCCAUCCAUGUUACUCAUUUAUGCAGCUUAUGUCGUCUACUACGUGUCCGGAAUCCCUGAUGCUCGAUUGCAAUUCGCAGAUACUCCGGACAAACAAGAACUAAUAAUGCAAUCAAGCUCUGCUCGAAAGCACUGA